GCUUUUUGGACUAAACAGACGCCAUGCAGAUUCCCGGAAGAGCUUACGAAACUUAUGGACAAUCAGCACGUCCUUUGCAUCAGGACUAUGCCACCUCUUCUUCAAAACCGAGCACCGGGAAAUCAUUCACCAUAGACGCUCUGCUCGCGAGGCCUGACCAGGCGGAGAUGAGAGAACGAACAAACGCGUACCGGAGCAUAACCAACCAAACGUCUGUCUCCAGCUCUGCGCUCCCGCUUAUUUACUCGCAGAUGCCACACUUCGCGUACAGCCAAAGCAUCAUGCAAACUCAGACAGGCUAUCCCGUGUUCUGCUAUCCGCCCUACAACUUCCAAACAACAUGUCGUGGAGCUGUGUACGCACAAGAUGCAGUACUGGCGAAAGCAGCAGUUCAUUCUCAUUAUAAACACAAAUCUGGGAAAUCAAAGCGAAUGCGUACAAGUUUUACCAACGAUCAGCUGUCCAGACUGGAGAAAGAGUUCGCGCGGCAGCAAUACAUGGUGGGAUCUGAACGCUUUCUGUUGGCAUCUGCUCUCCAACUCACUGAAGCUCAGGUUAAAGUCUGGUUCCAGAACAGGCGCAUCAAAUGGAGAAAGCAGAGUCUUGAGCAACAACAAGCCAAACUUGCCAAACUGGGACUGACCGUUCCACCAAAAAGCCCUGGAUCCCAGGGCAGAGAGGAUGAGGAGAGGGAUUUCACAGAAGAGUCUGAUGUAGACAUUGACAUUGACGAUUCACUGCAAGACUGAGACUUUCUCACAUUGUGUUUUUGUACAUACUUUUCCAUGAUUUUCCCCAGAUUGUUACUCCUCUCUAUUUGUACAAAUAUUUAAUUAAUAGAAAUAUAUUUAAGGCGUCACUUACACACGCCAUUGCUCUUAUAAGGGUAUCUUUGUUUUUUGUCAAAAUGUUUGAAUAUAGAUGAAAUAAAGGACAUAUAUUUUUAAAAUCAA